AUGUCUUACCAGAACGACGAUUCCUACGGCUCUAACCAGGGUGAUCGUGGAGGCGACUCUUAUGGCUCUUCCAACAACGACGACUCGUACGGCUCCUCUAACAGGAGCUCGUCUGGCCGUGGAGGCGACUCUUACGGCUCUUCCAACAACAACGACUCGUACGGAUCGUCCAACAACGACUCGUACGGCUCCUCUAAUAAGAGCUCGUCUGGCCGUGGAGGCGACUCCUACGGAUCUUCCAACAACGAUUCAUAUGGCUCGUCCAACAAUAACUCGUAUGGCUCAUCUAACAAGAGCUCGUCCGGCCGUGGUGGUGACUCUUACGGCUCAUCCAACAACGACUCCUACGGAUCGUCCAACAACGACUCGUACGGUUCCUCUAAUAAGAGCUCGUCUGGCCGUGGUGGUGACUCUUACGGCUCAUCCAACAACGACUCCUACGGAUCUUCCAACAACGACUCGUAUGGCUCUAACAAGAGCUCGUCUGGCGGUGGAGGCGACUCUUACGGCUCCAACAACAACGACUCGUACGGCUCUAACAAGAGCUCGUCUGGCCGUGGAGGCGACUCCUACGGAUCUUCCAACAACGACUCAUAUGGCUCAUCUAACAAGAGCUCGUCCGGCCGUGGUGGUGACUCUUACGGCUCAUCCAACAACGACUCCUAUGGCUCUAACCAGGAUGGUAAUGGAGGCAACUCUUACGGCUCGUCCAACCAGGGUGGCCGUGGCGGCAACUCUGACUACUAA